GCAAAAAAAAGAGGAGAGAGAGAGAGAGAGAGAGAGAAUACUGAUUUUGUACAGAGAGAUUGGAAUGGAAAUAGAGAGAGACAGAGAGAAAAAAAACAAACAAACAAACAAAAAAACAGAGACGAGCAGAGCACGCAUGAUUUGGGUAGGGACAAUGACAUGCCCCAUAUAGAAUAGACAUCAUCUUUCAUCAAAUCAAUGACCAAACCCAUUAUCCAAAUCCCAAAUCUUGAUUGUUUGUAUUAGGAAGUGGGUUGUGUUUGGAGGAGGAGUGGUGGUGGUGGUGGGUUUUUGUGGAUUGGGUAAAAAAAUGAAUAUGAUGACAAUGGAGGGAAUGAUGGAUAGGGGUGUUUUGGAAGAUAUAAUAAGGAGGUUGUUGGAGGGAAAGGGUGGAAAACAGGUUCAGCUCUCGGAAGGUGAGAUCCGUCAGCUCUGCGUCAACGCUCGCCAAAUCUUCCUCUCUCAGCCCAAUCUUCUCCAGCUCCAUGCCCCCAUCAGGAUCUGUGGUGAUAUACAUGGACAAUACCAAGACUUGUUGCGAAUUUUUGAAUAUGGCGGCUUUCCUCCUGCUGCAAAUUACCUCUUUCUUGGUGAUUAUGUCGAUCGGGGAAGACAAAGUUUGGAAACAGUUUGUUUGCUCCUGGCCUACAAAAUAAGAUAUCCCGACAAAAUUUUCCUUCUAAGGGGAAACCACGAAGAUGCAAAGAUCAAUCGUAUUUAUGGAUUUUAUGAUGAAUGUAAAAGAAGAUUCAACGUUAGGCUUUGGAAGAUAUUCACCGACUGCUUUAAUUGUUUGCCAGUCGCUGCCCUCAUUGAUGAAAAGAUACUUUGCAUGCACGGAGGACUUUCUCCAGAGUUACAAAAUUUGAAUCAAAUAACGGAAAUUCAGAGGCCAACUGAUAUUCCAGACAAUGGUCUCCUAUGCGAUCUACUCUGGUCUGAUCCAGACCCUAGAGUUGAUGGUUGGGCAGAUAGUGAUCGAGGUGUUUCAUGUACUUUUGGAGCUGACAAGGUGGCUGAGUUUUUGGAUAAGAAUGACCUAGAUCUCAUUUGCCGGGGUCAUCAGGUAGUGGAGGAUGGAUAUGAGUUUUUCGCUAAACGAAGGCUAGUCACAAUAUUUUCAGCGCCAAACUACGGUGGGGAGUUUGAUAAUGCAGGUGCUCUAUUGAGUGUUGACAAAUCCCUAGUGUGCUCUUUUGAGAUAUUAAAACCGCUUGAUUACAAACAAACACCUAGCAGUUCUAAGACACCCCUUAAAAAGCCCCCAAAACUUGGAAAGACCUGAGUGUGUUUGAAGAUUUCUUUGGGUCGAUAGGGAAGAGCAGCGAGCUCAGUUCUUUUUGUUAGUGAAUGUUUCAGCUAAUAGAUGAGCUUUUUGUGGAGAAGCUGUCGUAUUUAAUCCAAAUACAGAUGAGAUUAUCAAGAGAUUAUGAAGCUUUCAGAUAGUUUUCGAGUGCAACAGAAAUUAUCAAAAAACACAAAAAAGAUCUGUAAAUCAGCAAGACACGGGCGAUAUCUUCUGUGCAAGAACACUGAGGUUUUUUAGUCUUUGGUUGGUUGCUUGCUUUAUAUACUCACAAUAUCCGAUAAAUCGGCAUUCAAUUUGGAAAUGCCGAUUGUGGAUGAUGAGCCUGCCAUAAUUUUGGGUGAUUUUAUAUUUGUACAUCGAUGAUAUGUUGUGUUCUGCUGAAAUUUUUUUUUUGGGGGUAUGUUUUCAUGUAGACGAUGGCAAGCCAGAGGCUUGGAAACAAUUUCCAGAAGUAGAAGACUUCUAAU